ACAGCCUUCCACAGCGGAACUUCUGGAAGUUUAUAUUGGAUAGAUUUGAGAUAGAAUACUGACCCUUUUUCUUUUGCAAACUCUGACGAGUUCACUCAUUCUUUAGGGGACCACUUAUCUACACGCGAUGUCAAGGUACCACGAGGCCGACGAAGCACAGCGGGGACAUUACAAUGACGGGUACAACACUUACCCGUCUCAGACACCCAAUCCUUACGGAGAGGAAACGUAUGACCCGUAUGACCCACACCACUACGAUCCCCAACAUGAACACCAACCCUACGAUCCGAACCAACAAUAUCACCUCCCGGACCCAUUCCUUACCCCGCAAGUACCAUCAACUCCAUUUCCUCCCUCACAAUCGCAAGAUUUAUAUCAACAACAUCAGCCUUCGCAUCAGCCAUCGACUGACUAUCUAACACCGCACGCUGGCUAUAGCCUUUCCGACAACCCACAGCCCACUAAUACACGCCCGCAGUCGCAGUUCGGUCUGGAUUAUGAGAUGGUAGAGCAUGAGGAUAAUGAUCUGGGAGAUAUGCCACUGCUGCGACGGAAUGGAGCAGCACCCAUGCCUGGAGGUUACCAGGAUACUGAUGAUCGCUCGGAAACUAACAUUCGCUAUGGACACAUACCACAGCGCGUACCCCGGCGAUACAAGACAAUCAAGAAGGUAGAACUCUUCCAUGGUAACUUUGUGCUCGACUCCGCAGUACCAACAAAACUGCUGGACAUGUGCGCGUUGCGUAACGAACGCGAGUUUACCCACAUGCGGUACUCUGCAGCUACAUGCGACCCGAACGACUUUGAGAAAUCGGGGUUCACCCUCCGCCAGGGCCAUUACGAUCCUCCACGGCGAACCGAGCUUUUCAUCGUCAUGACAAUGUAUAAUGAAGACGAGGAGCUAUUUUGUCGUUCAAUGCAUGGUGUCAUUAAGAAUAUCGCACAUUUGUGCAAACGGGAUCGCAGCAAAACGUGGGGAAAAGAGGGUUGGAAGAAGGUUGUAGUCUGUAUCGUUAGUGAUGGGCGGCAGAAGAUCAAUUCCCGGACGCUGAGUGUAAUUGCUGCCAUGGGUGCAUAUCAAGACGGCAUUGCAAAGAAUAUCGUCAAUGGAAAACCUGUCACAGCACACAUAUACGAGUAUACCACGCAAAUAUCUGUCUCUCCUUCCAUGAAGAUAGAAGGCGCCGAGAAAGGUGUCGUCCCCGUACAAAUCAUCUUCUGCCUCAAGGAGAAGAAUCAAAAGAAGAUCAACUCCCAUCGCUGGUUCUUCAAUGCCUUCGGUCCAUUACUACAGCCAAAUGUGUGCGUUCUCCUUGACGUCGGUACCAUGCCCGGCCCCACCUCAAUCUACCACCUGUGGAAAGCCUUCGACAUCAAUUCAAACGUUGGUGGCGCAUGCGGCGAAAUCGUCGCCUUGAAGGGCAAGUACGGACAAUAUCUUCUCAACCCACUCGUCGCAGCGCAGAACUUCGAAUACAAGAUGUCGAAUAUUCUGGAUAAGCCGCUAGAGAGUGUGUUCGGGUACAUCACCGUGUUGCCUGGCGCGUUUAGCGCAUACAGGUAUAUUGCCCUGCAGAAUGACCAGUUGGGGGAGGGCCCGCUGCAGAAGUACUUUUUGGGUGAGAAGAUGCAUGGCGCAGGUGCAGACAUCUUCACGGCGAACAUGUAUCUUGCCGAGGAUCGGAUAUUAUGCUGGGAGCUGGUCUCAAAGCGCGGGGCAUCGUGGAUUCUACACUACGUCAAGUCUGCUUAUGCAGUGACUGAUGUUCCAGACCAGGUUCCCGAGUUAAUUUCUCAAAGACGUCGCUGGCUUAACGGCUCCUUCUUUGCCGCCAUACACUCUACAGUUCAUUUCCACUACUUGUAUCGUUCCUCGCAUACAUUCAUGCGCAAGUUUUGGAUUCACAUUGAGAUGUUUUAUCAACUGUACAACCUCAUUUUUUCCUGGUUUUCCCUAGGUAACUACUACAUCGCAUUCAUCAUUCUCUCCCAAGCGCUCGAGUCCUACGUUCCUCAAAUCCACAUCCUUAACCUCCUCCUCAACUACUUUUAUCUUGGGCUGCUCAUUAUGUGCUUCCUCCUCUCACUUGGCAACCGGCCGCAAGGCGCAAAAUGGGGCUACACUCUCGCCUUCAUCGGGUUUGGCGUAAUCACGAUUUAUAUGACUGUCUCGGCGUUGUUGCUUGCUUACAAGGCCAUCGAAAGCGUUGCUCAGACCGAAGGACGCGCAAUCCAGGCUAGCGAUCUAUUCUCGAAUGCGAUCUUUAGAGAUGUCGUGCUUUCGUUGGCAGCUACGCUGGGGUUGUAUAUCGUUGCCUCACUGAUCUUCUUUGAGCCAUGGCAUAUGAUUACUUCUUUCGUUCAAUAUCUCCUCAUGGCGCCGUCGUAUAUCGCGGUCCUGAACGUCUAUGCAUUUGCUAACGUACAUGAUGUCUCAUGGGGAACGAAGGGCGAUAACAAGGUCUCCACUGAUCUCGGUGUCGUCAGCGCGGGCAAGGGUGACAACAAGAAUGAAGUCGAGGUGGCAGUACCCACAGCUGAGACAGAUAUCAAUGCAGCAUAUGAAGAUGCUAUCCAUGUCCUGUCCUCGAAACCACCCAAGGAGGAGUCCAAACCCGAUCCAGCAACGCAGCAAGAAGACUAUUAUAAGACCUUCCGGACGAACGUAUUGCUAGUCUGGACUUUGAGCAACGCUCUUCUAGCUGCUGCUAUAAUAACGGCGACGAGUGGGACUGGAAGUGCGGCUGUGAACGGGUACAUGGCGUUCAUCCUCUUCUCAGUUGCUGGACUUGCAUUUGUUCGUUUCCUCGGCUCGACAACAUACAUGCUCGUGCGCUUGUUUGCAGGGGAGUGAUGGUCUCUUGAAGCACGGCAUGAUACGAUUCAAUACGAUAUGGACUUGUAUGAAGACAAUUAUAUAUGUUGUCGAUAUUAGAGAAUUGACACUCUGUAUCCGAUACUGUCACGUGCACGUUCCUCAGUACCGUGCGAUUCCAAGCUGGAGUCUCAUAAUAUUGAC